AUGGAAACCAUCAACAACAUGGCAACUGCCGCCGCCAAGGCCGUCUGGGGCGAGGGUGCCGACGGAAAGAAAGAGGAGCCCGUCUCUGGUGUCCAGGGAGACACAUCCAAGGGCGAGCCGUUUGACGCUGGCAACAUUGGUGAUGCCAAUGGCAAGGAAGAAACAACAACGAAAGUGGGAGGGUCUUCAGACCCCGCCGAAAUGAAGCCUAGCAGCAGCGUCCCCGGCGACAGUACUAAAGGGCAGAACGACGUGCGAGACCCCGAGGAUGCGACGACGGACCACAAGACCUCCGAGGCCCGCAAGAACGUCGAUGAUUCCGGCGAGGGCAUCGACAACGCAGACAACCCGGUCAAGGUCGACGGACCGGGCCCGAAGCCAAUUGACGAGGUGGCCAAGGAGCACGGCGGCGAUGCAGGCAGGAGCGACGAGAACGUCGACAAGAGGGAGGGCGACAGCGGGGAUGCUGAGGCGCCGGCAGACGACGGCGAGGGAGAUGGCCCACAGAAGCAGAGCCACGGCGAGGGCACCGGUGAGCAGUACGUGAAGAGCUCGGGACUGCAGGCGGACGGCGGCGACUUUGAUGCCACGAAGCCCGGCGCGGGACGGGAGGCCGAUCGUCUCCUAGAAGAGAAGGGCGUGCACAACCCAGCUCAGGAUGCGUCAAAGCCUACUCCUGCGGAGGACACCGGAUCGCCAGAAAGGAAGGAGAAGAAGAGCCUUAAGGAGAAGAUCAAGGACAAGCUGCAUAAGAACUAG